UUCUCCGAAACGACGUCGAAGUCAACAUCAAAGAUGAUCUCGGGAAGACGGUAUUGUUGUGGGCAGUUCAACGUCAACAAUCGAAAACCGUGCAGUGUCUACUAGGGAAACGUGCUGACUUUGAGGCAACGGAUCGCAAUUACUUUACGCCAUUAUCAAUGGUAACUUUUUUUUUGGCUUCGAUAUUGAUGUUAUACAACGACUAGAGCAAAAGGAGAAGAUCGAACGCAAUGACAAAAGCGGUUCAACGUCGCUCAUCUGGGCAGUCCGAAAUGGACGUCCACGGCUUGUGCAAGAAUUGAUCCGCGAAGGAGCGCUUCUGGAAAGGAAAGAAAAUGAUGGGCACGCAGCUUUAUUGUUGGCGAUACAAUACGGAUACACAACUAUCGCAGAAAUGCUUCGAGGGGUAGAGGUCAGUAAACGCAAGGGCACAAGAACCUGAUAUCGAGUCCCGACAUUAAACUCAGACCUAAAAACCCUCGUUUUUGUUCUUGGAGGAGCCAAAGCUAGCGGAAAAGGAUGAUUGCGGACAACUUGCCUUGAACAUCUUGAAUUGAACUCAUAUCUAUGUGUUUUUAAGUGUACGUCUCAGUGAGUUAUAAAUUCUCUUAUGGAUUUCGUAUUUUUCUCUGGUCAGGUAGUGAGUUAUUGCAGAAGUGAGCUUUCGGAAAUAUCUAGAGCUACAAACGGC